AUGGAUACGGAGGUCGGCAUAUCCUCUGGAGCCGAUGAGCCUAUUACCGAUGCGAUAGCAGAGGAUGCAGCGGUCGUUACGCCGGCUGCUGUUAAUGAGGCCGGUAUUGAUAUAGCUGCAGAGGAUACAGUAGUCGAUACACCGGCUGCUAUUAAUGAGCCCGGUACCGAUGCGGCUAUAGAGGACGUAGCGGUCGGCACAUCUUCUGGAGCCGAUGAGCCUGCCACCGAUACGGCUGCAGAGGAUAUAACCGUUAUUAUAUCUUCUGGAGCCGGUGAGCCUGCUACCGAUGCGGCUGUAGAGGAUGCAGCGGUUGGUACACCUUCUGGAGCCGGUAAGCCUGCUACUAAUGCGGCUGCAGAGGAUAUAACGGUUGGUACCCCCUCAGGACAGACGGAUAACUCAAGCGCCGAAUCAUCCUCUACGACAGAGAAUAUGCAGAUAGGAGCCCAGCCAAGCCUGCUGCUCCCGUACCCAUUACCUACUAUAGCAGAUUUGUUAUAUCCUGAGAAUGCAAUUCAUAUUGCAACCUCUGUACUCCUGGAGUUGGUAAAUUGA